AUCUCUGAGGUCUUGGCACACACGUCGGAGGAAUAAAAUUGGUGGCUACAGGUGGAAAUGCCGGGCUCGGCGCCCGCCUCCUUUCAAGCCUUAGGCUGAAAACUGAAUACGUAGCUUUCUCACCAGACUCGGGGGUCCCCUUGCCCCUGUUCUGGUGGUGGGCAAGGGGAAACUCUUGGAAGGGGGAGGGGGCAUCCUCCCCAUCCGGAAGGGCCCUUGAUUCGGGGCGGAGGCCAAACUGUAGGCCUUUGGCUUUCUUUCCUCCCGGGGCUCAUUCUGCAACGCCGGACCAUGCCGUGAACAUUAUACCAGGCCAUCCCGCUCACCAGCCCUUCCAGCCGCACCUCAGGGGAUUUAACUGAGAGGGCAGCGGUGACCAGGGGACUGGCCAUGGCUGGGAGUGGAUAUACGGACCUACGAGAGAAGCUCAAAUCGAUGAUGCCUUACCGGGACGGCUACAAGAGCAGCGGUGGCAGCAAGAGCAGGCGGGAUCCUGCCGAGUCCCCCUACGGGGCUGGGGGGGGAGCCCCCGAACGCAAGCGCAAGCACCACCACGAUUCCGACUCCGAGCCCACCGACUCUGAAGACCCCCUGCGGGGGGAGGAGGAGGAGGAGGAAGAAGAGGAGGCCCAGAAGGUCAAAGGCGGCAUCCGGCAGCUGCGCUUGUUCAGCCCUGAGGAAUGCGUCAAGAUCGAAGCGCGCAUCGACGAGGUGGUCUCCCGGGCCGAGAAGGGCCUCUACAAAGAGCACACGGUGGACAGGGCCCCGCUCCGGAACAAGUACUUCUUUGGGGAGGGCUACACCUAUGGGUCUCAGCUGCAGAGGCGAGGCCCCGGCCAGGAGCGGCUGUACCCGCGGGGGGAAGUGGACACCAUUCCUGAGUGGGUUCACGACCUGGUCAUCCGCAAGCUGGUGGAACACCGGGUCAUCCCCGAUGGUUUUGUGAACAGUGCGGUGAUCAACGAUUACCAGCCGGGGGGCUGCAUCGUCUCCCACGUGGACCCCAUUCACAUCUUUGAGAGGCCGAUUGUCUCGGUGUCUUUCUUCAGUGACUCAGCCCUCUGCUUCGGAUGCAAGUUCCAGUUCAAGCCCAUCAGGGUCUCCGAGCCGGUCUUCUUCCUGCCCGUGCGGAGGGGGAGCGUCACUGUACUCAGUGGCUACGCAGCUGACGAAAUCACACACUGCAUCCGACCACAGGAUAUCAAGGAGAGGAGAGCCGUGAUCAUCCUUCGGAAGUGA